AUGAUAAGAGAGCUCUUGUUGGUUUUGUUCUUUUUAAUCACAGCGAAGACUUCUGUUUCUCGUCCAUUUGCAUGGUCGAGGGGUAACGUGCCACCAGGCCAAAACUACCAAGGCGACAGUGGGUCCGGUCGUGGGCCCAAUUGGGAGUACAACUGGGGUUGGGGCUCUGCUCCAGGAUCCGGUUGGGGGUAUGGGGCGGGUUCGGGUAGGUCGCCGACAGGAUGGGGAAGAGGAUCCGGAUACGGGUAUGGAUCGGGGUCCGGGUCAGGUAGCGGAUAUGGAUAUGGUUCUGGAGGUGGUGGAGCACGUGGUGGUGGGUAUGGCUAUGGAAGCGGAAAUGGCCGGUCCGGAGGUGGUGGUGGGGGUGGUUCCAAUGGUGAAGUCACCGCUUUGAGCCACGGUAGUAAGUCUCAUCCGUGA